AUGUACGGCAAAGGCAAGAGCAACAGCAGCGUCCCGUCCGACAGCCAGGCCAGGGAGAAGUUAGCACUGUAUGUAUAUGAAUAUCUGCUCCAUGUAGGAGCACAGAAAUCUGCCCAGACAUUUUUAUCAGAGAUAAGAUGGGAAAAAAACAUCACAUUGGGGGAGCCCCCAGGAUUCUUGCACUCUUGGUGGUGUGUAUUUUGGGAUCUCUACUGUGCAGCUCCAGAAAGACGAGAAACAUGUGAACAUUCAAGUGAAGCUAAAGCCUUUCAUGAUUAUAGUGCUGCAGCAGCUCCCAGUCCAGUGCUAGGAAACAUUCCCCCAGGAGAUGGCAUGCCAGUAGGUCCUGUACCACCGGGUUUUUUUCAGCCUUUUAUGUCCCCUCGAUACCCUGGAGGUCCAAGGCCACCUUUAAGAAUACCCAAUCAGGCACUUGGAGGUGUCCCAGGAAGUCAGCCAUUAUUGCCCAGUGGGAUGGACCCAACACGACAACAAGGGCAUCCAAACAUGGGUGGGCCAAUGCAGAGAAUGACUCCUCCAAGAGGAAUGGUUCCAUUAGGACCACAGAACUAUGGAGGUGCAAUGAGACCGCCACUGAAUGCUUUAGGUGGCCCUGGAAUGCCUGGAAUGAACAUGGGUCCAGGAGGUGGUAGACCGUGGCCAAACCCAACGAAUGCCAAUUCUAUACCGUACUCUUCAGCAUCUCCUGGGAAUUAUGUAGGUCCUCCAGGGGGUGGAGGGCCACCAGGAACACCCAUCAUGCCAAGUCCUGCAGAUUCAACUAACUCUGGAGAUAACAUGUACACUUUAAUGAAUGCAGUUCCACCUGGACCCAACAGAUCUAAUUUUCCAAUGGGCCCAGGGUCAGAUGGACCUAUGGGUGGAUUGGGUGGAAUGGAAUCACAUCAUAUGAAUGGAUCUUUAGGCUCAGGAGACAUGGACAGUAUUUCCAAAAACUCUCCCAGUAAUAUGAGCAUGAGUAAUCAGCCUGGCACUCCCAGAGAUGAUGGUGAAAUGGGUGGAAAUUUCCUAAACCCUUUUCAGAGUGAGAGUUACUCCCCCAGCAUGACAAUGAGUGUGUGAUCCAUACCAAGUCUCCUCAUGAAGACCGCAGUGAGUUGGCCCUCUUCAGAGAGCUACUACAGAAGAAAAUUACAAGUCCCAGUGUACAGUUUAACAAAAGGAUCUCAGACACAACCAGACCCACCAUCUUUUCCUACCAUCUCCCCAGUUUUGUGAAGAAAGUGGGUCCAAACAUGAUUCAAACAACUGUAAAGAGUGGCAUAACAGAACUGCCCAAGAGUGAACUGCAAACAAUUAUCUGUAUGUUGUUUUCCACCCAUCCUGCUGCAUGCCAGCUGUUUGCACAAAAAUCGUGUGCAAUUGCUGCAAGAAUAAUUUACACAAAAUCCAUGCAAAAUGUUGCUUACAUUUGUGAAUAGAGUCCUAACUGUACAUAUAUUAUUUCAUUAGAGAUGUUGCAAUAAAUAUUUUUUGUGUAAGAAAUAGCCUGUUUCCUUAAGGCCUGAUCCUGCACGUUGCUAGGAAUCCUCAGCACUAGAGAUUAGGGCAUGUAGCAUCUCGCAGGAUUGUGCUCUAAAUCAGGCCACAGACACUCUGUGGCUCUUAAAAUGAUCUAAAACAAGAGUUGCUGUUUCCAAGUGAAAAUGGGGAGAAAAAUCCAUUCUGAAUAAAACACACUUAAUUGAAAUAGAAGGAUGCAACACUGUUUUACUAAAACUGUCCUUGGAAAGUCCAUGAUUUGAGAAGUGUACUUUAUCAGUGAGAAACUGGUUAGUGACACACAUCAACAAAAGAGAUAGACAAGAAUCAGUAACUGCCCUGUUCUUCAACAUACAAGGGCAGCCCCCAGAGGCUAUAGGUCCCAGUUGGAGACCAUUCAGACCAAGGCGAGGUCCCCCUCUUAAGAGAGAACAUUACAGACUGGGACAUAUAAUCACCGUAGCUCAUGACUAUUAUAAAUAAGGGAUGGGCAAAGUCUGAGUGCCUUGCCUUUUGACAACUAGACUAAGAGUGCAUAAGAAAUUAAAGUGUUUGCAGAAAACUGAAAGAUGAUAUUUUUUAAAUUAUACUUUUAAACAUUAUUCAGAAAUUUGACAUUCAAAAAUGUCAAUAAAAUAUUUCCCAGAGCUAUUAAAAAUUUCUAAAGAACUCCCAGUUUUUAUUUGACUUACCACCUUUCAGAUAUCAGAGGGGUAGACGUGUUAGUCUGAAUCUGUAAAAAGCAACAGAGGGUCCUGUGGCACCUUUAAGACUAACAGAAGUAUUGGGAGCAUAAGCUUUCGUGGGUAAGAACCUCACUUCUUCAGAUGCAAGUCUGUUGCUUUUUACACCUUUCAGAUGAUUCUUAAAUGGAAAAAAAAAAAGAAUUCCUAAGCAAAAACAGAAAAAUCAGCAUUAAACAAUGGUAUAAAUGAAGUGGAAGCUGGAGCUUUGGGGGCUUUUUUAUUUCUAAUAAAAUUUAAGUUUCAGGAAAAAAUAAUCUUUACAAGAAACGUAUAUAAAUUUGUAGAGGCAAUUAAAGAAAUGUAAAUCAAAUUGAUUUAAUUGUGCAAAGACCAACUUUGAUUUAGGCUUUUUGUGGCAAGUAUCCCCUUGCAAAAAAUCUGGUGGUGCAUCUACUAUUGUUUUCCUUUUUCUGUGUAUGUGUGUGCGUGUGCACAUGCAUGCGUACAUGCAUGCGUAUGCCUAAUGCCUAAAACCCUUUAUUACAUAUGUUGGCCUUUCGUGCAUCUGGCAACAUCUGCUUACUGUUGUGGGGAAGGAAGAAUUUACUAUCUGGUGGAUUAUAUCUAUUUCAGUUAUUUAAAGCAUUGGUAAACUAUUGUCAACUUGUUCACAUUUGCACAAGACAUUCUAUGUAGAAAAUGUAUAUUUUUUAAUGCUGGCAUUAUAACUUCGGCAAUCAUGCAUACUCUGUACAUUAUUGUAGGUUUUGUGUAAGAAAUCUUGUCACCAUUGUUUAAUACUGUAAAUUCUUGUUUCAAAGCAAGAGGUGGCUUUUGAUUGAACAGCCAUGUGUAUUUUAUGGUACUGUAGUACUUGUUCUGUUGUCAAAACUUGCUCUUCACAUGUGGUUAAAGCAUUGUUAAGCACGCUUAGGGGUUUCAGAAUUUAUUUUACACAGCACGUAUAUCAGCCAUUAACAGGGACAUUAAAUCAUAUGUAACAUAGGAAAUUUCACCCAAGUUCAGGUCCUUUUAGAGAGCUUGGUGUUAGAUUUCAGUAAGCAAUUGCCGGCUGCAGUUUAACACAUUUCAUUCUUAGUGUUGGGUAUGCAUCAGUGUAUGCUUUCCAGUUCAGUUGAGAUUAUCCCUCUUGACCCAAAGCCUGAGUAAUUCAACCUUGUGCAGGGAACUAAGCAGGGAAUGGCUAUCCUUCCUUUCACCAUGUCCAACCCACAGCAGGCUACGGGACUACAGCAUGGCACUUCACAGCCACUGUUCCCGCUUAUAGGGUUCCUUGCCUCUGUAACCAUAUAAGCAUGGAUCCAGUGGCCCCUCCUCUGGUCUACUUCUUCUGCAUCUGGUACUGAACACAAGUGCAGAACCCACCCUGGGGGCAUGCAGGAGAUAAGGAAGUACUACCUGCAUACUAUGCUCACAUUCCCUACACAGGGCUACUAAUGCCCUCCUCUACUAAAUGAAUUGCAUUCUUAGUAAGAAUUAUUCAGGUGGCCUGCAAAGGAAAGUAAAAUUGAACUUCCCUCCCUCCCCAUUUUUUUGUUUGUUUGUUUCUGUUUUUGUUACUUUAUAUAAAGAAGACCUGAAAUGUUGUAGGUUUUGAUUUUUUUUCCCUUGUUUUUUUUUUUUUAAUAUAUAUUAGGAAUUCAGACCCUGUAUGGGCAUGAAUACUUUAUGAUAGCCGGACAACUAGUGAAACAGCUGACAGCAUCAGCUGAGAGAGAAGGAAUUUUUACGCAAACCAUUUAAAACUGGUUUUUGCUUGUUUUCUUGAACAGCUAUUUAACUGAAAUAACUACCAUAAUUAACAUUUUGAAUAAAGGAAGCCUUUAUUAAAUUCUUGACACCUUCACCCUUUCAAUUAAAAUGUUAAAAGCACACAGUAAACAUCCCUUAUACCUCCUAGUGGUUCUCCCCAAAAAAAUCAAGGACAUAUUUGUGAUAUUAGUAAGGUAAAAAGGAAAAAUCUUUAAAAAAUCAUUUGAGAGCCUCUUUAUAUAUCAUUGAAAAGGCUAAAAGAGCACAAACGCAAUUUUACAAAAUAAUCCUUUGCCGGUCACCUUUAAACAACUAGACAGGUGUGUCAUAGAGGAAGAACAGUUUCCAAAAUUGUGAAUUAGACUACUAGUCAAUCCCAAAUUUUAUAAAGAAAGGAAAAUCUUCAUUCAAAAUAAGCAGAAAUUUAAUUUGAGAAAACGAAUAAUAAAUAAAUAUUCUAGGACAUAGUACAGAAAACACUAUCCUGUUUCCAUACGAGGGUACACUAAUAAGUUCAAGUGAAUAUAAAAUCAAAGCUGCUAGUAUGUGGGGGUUUCUGUAACAGCUGUUCCAGUCCCCCAAACUUGAUCUUCAUACUCUACAGCUGCUGCAAGAACCACUCCAUUUCACACCACCACCAUAUAAGAACAUGAUAGCUCAAAAGUUUCAGAAACAAGUCUCACAAAUAUCUCUGAGGGAAGAUUUCGGCUUUAAAAACACAAACUAGUGAGCCUUACUUUAGAAUGGAAAAUCAUUCCAGGUGCAAAUCUCUUUAGACCUUGUUUGUGAGUCAUUUUUAAAAGCAUCCUUUUUAAUCAUUUAAGAAGGGAAGCACUAAGUACCCAGAGAUCCAACUAGCUGCCUGACAUCAAUAACUUCACUUCCCAAAUGAUUGCGUCUUGCUUUGGGAGAUAUUUACUACUGUACCUGCAACCACAUGAAAGAGUUGCCCUCACAGUGCCUCUUUAUUUGAAUCAUUGGUCUAAGUCCUUUAGAAAACAAAUCAUUUAUCAAAGAAUGGAGCAUCCCACAACUACUCUGUGAAAUGUUCUCCUGAUCUCCACCAUCUAUUCCAUGUGGUGGAAUUUUGGUAUUAAUGGCACCAUUGUGCAGAAAUGUGCACACUUAAUUUGACUAUGAUUUUGUAGUUAUGUAUUGAGAAAGCCCUCCCUCCCCCCAGCAGAAGUGUUUCAGAAGGCUCAAAAUGUAAUACAAUCACUGUGGUUCUCUAGUGUGAAAAGGAAGCCAUCCCACAGGAAAAAUUCAUAGCUCCCUUGAAUGCCAUGAAACCAAGCUCCAUAGUUGUACCCCAAGGAAAAUUUGUGACACAUCACUGGAGUGACCGGGGUAUGGCCAAUGGGUCCAUGAAUUGUGUGGCUCAAUCACAGAGGACAUGUGGGAAGGUAUCUUGCAGCGCUGCAGCUGCUACUACAGCCCAUAUGUUAUUGCAGCAACCAUGGUGCAGCUCCAUGGGUAUUCCACAUCCUGGAGUCAGGUCCCCCAUACCAAACUCAUCUUUUGGACUUAACGCAAUUGUGGGUGAGAAUUUCACCCCAAAACAAAACUGGAAUUUGUGUGAAAUACUGCAUGAUUUUCUGUACUCUUCAAUCUUGGAGUCUAACUUUUCACAUUAGAUUCUUGCCUCCAGCAUUUUGACUCUCUUAUAUUUUCCUUUUUUAAUAGAAUUUGAGCUGAUUUUUGUUUGAAUAGUUUCGGGAGGUUUUACCCCCUUUUUAAAAUGUUAACGUAGUUCAGAGGAUAUUGUUCAUUUUUUAUUAAUAAUCUUUGAUGGGUGCACAAAAGAGGUUCACUCAUUUAAACUGUCCAAUAAGAAAACCAUUAUAUAGGUCAACUAAAAUCAACCAAUCAUGUUUGUUGCUGUCUAAUUUCAAAAUAUUAGAUAGUUGUAACCAAAAAGUGAAUGUGCAUAGCCUUUGUUUCAGAUGAAUUUUCUAUGCAUGGCAGUCAGCAUUUAUUUUCCUCUGUCAUGAGUAUUACUGAAGAAAGUGGGCUGUUUGGAAAGUCAGUGAUCUAGCAGUUCAUAAUUCAGGAUUUUGAGAAGAUCAGUCGUAAUGGCAGUUCAUGUUUUUCACAGUCUCUUGUAAACCUCUGCCUUUUGCCACAUUCUGAUUUGGAGAUGUGGGAAUCCCAUGCUUUAGAUGAUUAGCUCCUUGCGGGUGGUGUCACUGCAUGGGCUGACAAACUCCUUGUGUAACAUAUUCUACCCUAAGCCCCAUAGCCUGCACCAAACACUAAGCCUCCAGGUUUUCCUGUUAUGCUAGUGCAACUUGCCAACACUCCCCUCUAAUUAUUGACACCAAAUCAUAAUACUGAUUGCAGCAAGAGCUCCCUCUGCUACAAGUUAAGGAACAGCAGAGAUUAAAAAAAUAUAAACGUGGUCACUCAUGCCUUUAUCACGUUCAUAGUGUGCCCAACUUCUCACAACCAAGGUGUUGAGAAGCAGAAUUUACCUCUGAACUUGGCUUAUCACUUCAUCAGGCAAGAGUAGAUUUCAUUUUCUUUCAUGAGUCUAUCUGGAGCUGUAUUGAUAUGUUUGCUUUGUCGUCUGAAUUGCAAGUCAUUUUAUAUUGAAAUGAUUAUGCUUAUUGUGUGGCAUUGUAUGAAGUAUCGGAAAAGGCUGUUUAUUAUGUGUUAAUACAGUCACUGCUUACCAGUUAGAUAUUUCAGAGGCUGAACUGCAACCAAAAGUUAUGUUCAAGAAUCAUCUUAAUUUUAAUGUUAUACUCACAUGAAAAAGGGGCUUUUUCUCUUGCUGUUUCUGGGUUUCAUUGAAUUUUAGGGAAAAGGGCAAAUGGCGCAAUUGUUGUAAUUGGAAAAGUGACUGUGAUGGCAGCUAACUGACUGCUUUUCAGGUGCAUCAAAACAACAGGAUCCAUUCAGUGACUCAGCUGAUACACUUCCAGCUGUCUUGGUAAAUCAAUAGUGAAUGAAUAAUUUUUACAUUCUAAAGGGAUUUGCCAUUCUGUGGAUAUAAAAGAUGACCAAGCUGACCUGCCAAGAGAGGCAAAAAUAUAGCAAUUAGUCUGUGAUCAUAUGUAGUAUUAUUCAUUUUUAAUGUGCCAUUAUAUUUAUACUUUCAAUUUGUUUUAGCAUUCUAUGAACUUGAGCAGUUCAGAAGAGAAAAAUAAAUCUCUCAUGUAUAGCAAAAACAAUUUAUAAUUUAAACUAAAUGUAGACCACUACCAUACCUUUUAUUUCCUGUGCCUUAAAUAUAUUUGAGUAGAUAAACUUCCUCCCCUUUUCUUGGUGGUUUGAUAUCUUUAACUGCUGUCUAGUAACUCUGAUGUCCUUCUUUAAUAUGGAGACAUCUGACAUAAGAACAUUUUAGACUAUUUGGGCUAGUGUGUACUUUUCAUCCAUUCAAGAAUGCCAUAUUCUUCAUAAGAUUAUAAAACACAAAGACUUCAUACAGUUUGCUUUCUGCCAUCUCCAUCCAUGGAACUACACGUAAAGCAAUUAGAAAGAAAUAUUGCUACACAAAUGUGAUUCUGUUUACCCAAUACGGGCUCCAUCCUGCAUCUCUUGUUCACUCAUAACUCCCAUUCACUUGACAAUUAUUUGAGAAGGAGUUUGGGGAGUACAGAGAAUGCAAAACGAGAACUUUCACAGAGGUGUAUGCUGCUGUAAGCCAGUAUCUUUUCAGCAACCAGAGAAAUGUAGCGUUUUGCCAACUUCUUUCUAGUGAAAACACUGAGCGUGCUUAGCAUUUAACAAGAUUCAGAGACACAAGUGUCAGACUGUGUAAUUGCAUCUCAUCUAAUUUUGACACUUAACCACUAAUAUUUUAUGAAGUAUGAAUCUCAAUAGUAUUUACAUGCUUUGAUUCUGAUAUACCAAUCAACAGCAAAACUGAAUGGUGAACAGCCAGGCUUACACACAAAAAAUCACAUUUUUUUAAAAAAAAAGUUUCCUUGUUUUGAUUUUGUUCACUAUUUCUAGAACAUUUUCAACACUGAAGUAUUUUUCUACAUGGUUAUCUGAGGCUUAUCUUUCUUCACCAACCAGAAUGGUCUUCUACACUGUGAAAUGCAACAGAACUUCACAAAUAUUGGCUUUGUACCUGCCUAAUGCAUUAUCAGAAUUUUCAGCCAAGCCAUAAAGCCUUUUAUUUUAUAUGUGUUUGUGUAAUUAAAGAAAUUAGAAACUUCAGGUGGAAAGAAGUCUCCCUAUCCACCAUUUUACUCUCAAUCUCUCUGAUUCCUGGGGGUUCAUAGUUGCCUUUUUGAAGCCACAAAGUUAUCUCUUUAAACCAGUGCAGUCUAAGAGCUGUGUUAGCUUCCAUUUAUGGAGUAUAGCAUUUGAAUGUGGAAGGUUCACGUUGGUAAGUAGGUGUAACACAUGUCAUUAGGGACAUGGAUACUUGCAAAUAGGUUAGAUAACAAGAUAAAAACCAAGAUGAUAUAAGUAAAAAUGUAAAAAUUUGGCAUCAAAAUCUGUUCUGGAAUGGUUAAGGUUUUGUUUUGUUUUUAAACUUUUGUCCUUUAUAUGUUAUUUUGCAGAAGAGGACUUUGGGGACUGUCAGACCACAUGGGGAAUUUUACAAAUAUAUCACUCAGCAAUCAUUUUAUAAAGUUGAACUUCUAAAUGCACUAUGAUUUAUUACAAAACAUUUUCUUCUGCUUGCAGACAUGGUUGUUCCAUUUUGUGAUAAAUUAAGCAGUUAAUUCGUUGCACUGCAUAGCUGCAUGAAUUCAUCCAGUGUACAUAUUUACCUGUGCUACAUUAUUUUGGGUUUUGUAUUUGAAUUGCAGUAUUGAUUAUUUUUGUAUUUUACUUUGCCUCUGUUAUUAGAAUUGUAAUAGACAUAAUUUAUACAUAGGAUUUUACAACUGUUUUGCAACCGAAAAGUCUUCUUUAAAGUUUAAAGUUUUAUUGAUGGAAACUCAUUAAAAAUGAAUUAAGAAUUAUAUUAACAAUUGUUUUGUGUUUUAAUGCUCUCUGUACAUAAAUAUAUGUCUAUUUAUCUGUUUAAUGGUGCUUGUGUCUUGCAAUUUUGGAUACAUUUUAGAAUAAAGUUUCAUUUUACAAGAAUAAGUUGUAUUUUCAAAA